AUGAACAGAAGUGCUGUAUUGGAUUGCUUGUGGUGGACGCCUAGCCUUAACUCUGAGCUUGAAAAAACAGCAAAGAAGAACGCAAGAAACAAAGCUCCAUCUUCUACUAACAAGGAUGGAUUAAUUAGUGAGUCUAAGAGUUCUACGCCUACUCCACCAAGACAACACACUACCUUAAUGGCAUUGACGAUUCCGACAGCUGGCCAACCUCUGAAAAGCUCCUUCUCUGCCAGAGCUAACAAUUCACCAUCAUGCAUCGUUUAUCCUAAAGUUGAAGAGGUAACUCAAUUUGAGUUGAAGCUAGGAAUUCUGAACUUGCUGCCAUCUUUUCACGGCCUUCCCAAGGAUGAUCCUUAUAUGCAUCUUAAGUUAUACCAUGAGACCGUGGAAAACAUAAUUAUUAAGGGCAUGGAACCUGAAUGCGUGAAUCUCAGGUUGUUUACUUACACUCUUAAAGACAGAGCCAAAGCGUGGCUCUACUCAUUGCCUAUGAAUAGCAUUACCACUUGGGACCAGCUCCAAGAGAAAUUUUUGCUCAAAUUUUUCCAUGCUUCCAAAACACUAGCUAGCAUUGAAGAAAGAGAUCUUGACAUUUUCACAAAAACCAGGAGAAGCAUUCCACGAAACUUGGGACAGAUUUGGUGA